AUGGCGACCGAAAAGCUUACCGAGAGUGAGAACAUGCCUCAUAGCGAGGUGCAUUACUUCAAUUCGUACAACCAUCAUGGCAUCCACGAGGAGAUGUUGAAGGACGAGGUGCGGACGAAAUCGUAUCGGGACUCGAUCUAUAACAACCGGCAUUUAUUCAAGGACAAGGUCGUUCUGGACGUUGGUUGCGGUACUUCCAUCCUCAGCAUGUUCGCCGUGAAAGCAGGAGCCAAACACGUAAUCGGUGUCGACAUGUCGACCAUCAUCGUCAAAGCCAAGGAGAUCGUUGAGGCGAACGGGAUGUCCGACAAGAUCACUCUCUUGCAGGGCAAGAUGGAGGAGGUGCAAUUGCCGUUCCCGGAGGUGGACAUCAUCAUUUCUGAGUGGAUGGGCUAUUUCUUGUUGUAUGAGAGUAUGCUGGAUACGGUGCUGUGGGCGAGGGAUAGGUAUUUGAGGAAGGAUGGGAAGGGUUUGAUCUUCCCGGACAAGGCGACGAUUUUCUUGGCGGGCAUUGAGGAUGGGGAGUACAAGGAUGAGAAGAUUGGGUUCUGGGAUAAUGUCUAUGGAUUCGACUAUACUCCUCUCAAACUCACUGCUCUGACGGAGCCGCUGGUCGAUACCGUGGACCUCAAAGCCGUCGUUACAGACCCUUGUGCGGUUAUUACACUGGACCUGUACACCUGCACGACUGCCGACCUGGCCUUCUCACUACCAUUCAACCUUCCUAUCCGCCGAACCGACUACAUCCACGCUCUCGUCGCAUGGUUCGAUAUCGAGUUCUCCGCUUGCCACAAACCUGUACGAUUUUCGACAGGCCCACACACGAAGUACACGCACUGGAAGCAGACCGUCUUCUACCUUGCGGACGUGCUUACGGUCGAAGUGGGGGAGAGCGUGCAGGGGAAGUUGAGCUGUAGGCCCAACGGGCAGAAUCGCCGGGAUCUGGAUAUUGCGAUCGACUACAAGUCUGACACGCAAGAUCGCGGACGGAUAGCGGAAGGGCAUUGCGAGUACAAGAUGUGCUAG